CCAGACAUUAUCGCAAAAAGAAAACCACAAAACAACAAAUGUAUAGAAGCGAAUUAAGUUUUAAAUCAGUUUGUUUAAGUUACGCAUUGAUCUUGAAUAAAUGUUUUUAUUGCUAUGUCCAAGCGUAACAAUAUAACCUAUGUAAAGCCACAGGAACCCAGCUUUCUAGCUAAACUCAAAGCGGAAAUUGGCUAUAAAGAAGGACCGACCGUCGACACCAAACGCCAGAAGCUCGAACAGGAUCCGGACUACGACGAUUUGGGUGAAGAGGAAAACGAAAGGCCGGAGCGUGAGGACGAGCAGCCGCAAAUUGUUGUCCUGCAGAGUGGGGAUCUUACCGCCGAGGAGGUGGCAAUCGAGCAGCAGCGCAUAGCAAAAGAGGAAGCCGAAAAACCAGCAGAUUUAAACCAACCCAUUGUCUUCAAGCAACGUCAUAAGCCCACAAAGGACCAAGAGCUAUCGUCAUCGUCAUCAUCACCAACUCCAGCAUCCACAUCUAAAUCCACAACAACCGACUCCAAUAAAAAACGCAGCAAAAAAUCCUCAAAGCCAGCAGCAGCAGCAACCAAUAAACUAUCCUUCAACGAGGACGAAGAGGAUAACGAAGCUGAAUCGGAUUAAGUCAGCAGAAGGAAUUUGGGGAUCUGGGAUUGGAAUUGCCAUCGCAUUACCAGUAUCUUCAGUUGAAGAAGAAUUAAUACACGGAGCGCAGCACAGAACUAUUUCUUAACUUAA